AUGUUCAGCAGUAGCAAGAUCGCCGCCGUGUGCCUCGCCGUCGUGGCGCUAACCAACAGCGCGUAUGCUGAGAAGGAGGCCGCCCAGACGUUCGGACUGCUUGGCGCUGGUCUGCACGGUGGUGCGGGACUCUAUGGAGCUGGCGCUGCCGGUCUUCAUGGUGGAGCCGGCGUUGGUGCAGGUCUGUACGGUCGAGGUGCCGGCUAUGGUGGUGCUGGUGCUGGGCUGUACGGUCGAGGUGCUGGUGGCGUUGGUGCUGGUCUGUACGGUCGACGCGCCGGAUAUGGUGGUGCUGGUGCUGGGCUGUUUGGUCGGAAGCCGGCUACCGAGGCGCUGGUGCUGGGGUCGGAGCUGGCGUUGGCGGCGCGGGCCUCGGUAACGGAUACGGCGGUGUUGGUGUCGGAGGAACUACGGGUGUCGGUGCUGGUGCCGGUGUCGGAGGUGGUAGGUGAUGUCGGCGGAUCGGCCGGUGUCGGCGGAUCGGUCGGUGUGGGAGGAGCGGCAAGUACUGGUGCGGGUGGAGCUACGACAACGACGGACGGCAGAACUAGCACAUCUACGUCGCAGAACGGCGGGGCCAAGGCAACUGCAACUACCACGACUGCAGGCACGACCACCGGCACCGCCGGCACGGGUGCUUCGACGAAGCAGACAGGUUAUCGCAUGCUGCGAUCGCACAAAAACCCACCGCUCCUCACCCAGGGCAAACACCGCUCCAUCACGGUGCAGGGCAACCAAGAGAGACACAUCUUCUAA